AUGAUCAGAAAUAUCACACCAAUUAAUACUACUUUAUCAACCAAAAUUCGAGUUCAAUCAGCUAGUAUGGUUAGUCGUAUCAGCCAUAUGCUACCGACUACUACUACUACUACUACUACUACCACCACCACCACUGCUUCCUUUGGUUACCGUUUUAAAUCUUCUUUUGUUCCAGCUGACCCAUUGAAUAUCCAUGAUUUAAAUGAACAGACCGUCAAGGCUCAAUAUGCAGUUAGAGGGAAGAUCCCAAUCAUUGCCGAUGGUUUAAGUGACUUGAUUAAAAAGUCACCCACCAGUCACGGAUUACCAUUUAACAAGAUUGUAAAUGCCAAUAUCGGAAACCCACAACAAUUGGAUCAAAAACCAUUGACAUGGUAUAGACAAGUUUUAUCCAUCUUGCAAUAUCCUGAGUUAUUGAAGGAAGAUCUGGGAGCUAAAUUCCCCGCUGAUGUUAAACAAAGAGCUAAAGUAAUUUUGGAAAAUGUUGGUUCGAUUGGUGCUUAUUCCCUGUCUCAAGGUGCUCCUUAUUUUAGACAAUCGAUUGCUGAGUUUAUCACAAAGAGAGACGGUGGUGAGUUUUCAUCAAAUGCCAAUGACAUCUUUUUAACUUCAGGGGCAUCUGCUGCUGUAUCUUAUUUAUUACAAAUCUUGUCGCAAGAUGAAUCUUCAGGCUUUUUGAUCCCCAUUCCACAAUAUCCAUUGUAUACUGCCACUAUAGCUUUGAAUGAUGCACAACCCAUUGGAUAUUACUUGGAUGAAUCAAAAGGAUGGGCAACAAACCCACAAGAAAUUCGCCAAUUGAUUGAAGACAGUACAGCCAAGGGUAUCAAAAUUAAAGCCUUGGUUGUCAUUAAUCCUGGUAACCCAACGGGAGCAAUUUUGUCGCGUGAUGAUAUUGUCGAACUCAUUUCAAUUGCGGCUGAGCAUGGUACUGUCUUGAUUGCUGAUGAAGUGUAUCAAGAAAAUGUCUUUAGUGGGAAAUUCUAUUCCUUCAAACGUGUUUUGUCCGAGUUGAAGGAGAAAAACCAUGAUUUGUACAAAAAUGUACAAUUGGCUUCAUUACAUUCGACGUCAAAGGGUGUUAGUGGAGAAUGUGGACAACGUGGUGGAUACAUGGAACUUGUUGGGUUUAAAUCUGAUGUAAAGGAUAUCAUCUUCAAAUUGGCAUCGAUUAACUUGUGUUCUGUUGUUUCAGGGCAAGCAAUGGUCGAGUUAAUGGUGAAUCCACCAAAAAAGGGUGAUGAAUCGUAUGAUCUUUACGUUGAGGAAACGACAACCAUAUUUGACAAUUUGAAAAUGAGAGCACAAGCGCUUUAUGACGCUUUCUCGGGUAUGGAAGAUGUAACCGUUGAUAAACCCCAGGGAGCAAUGUAUAUUUUCCCAAAGCUCAAUUUUGAUCCUCAAGUUUACCACAAAUUAUUUUCCAGAGCCAAGAACUCGAAUCUUGAAAUUGAUGAUUUGUACUGUAUUGAACUUUUAGAACAUACGGGUAUUUGUUGUGUUCCAGGUAACGGAUUUGGACAAAAGCCAGGUACUUAUCAUUUAAGAACCACAUUUUUACCACCAGGUGAAGAAUGGAUUCAAAGGUGGGCUAGCUUUCAUGAAAAGUUUGUCAAAAAGUACAAGGACACAACAACUCGUGCUUAA